GAAAGACUAUGUAAGAAACACAGCAAGACCAGAGGGGUGUAUAGCUGAGUCUUAUCUUGCAGAAGAAUGCAUGAAGUUCUGCUCGGCUUUCUUGAAGACUACAACAAAUGUAGAAGAAAAAGGUGACAGAAACACUGAGUACGAGAGCCAUUCCAUCCUUGAAGGUCGUCCUAUAUCAGCUGGCCGCUCAUUCACUCUCACUGAUUCAGAUAAGAAAAUAGCCCAUCUUGCUGUGAUACAGAACACGGCUAUGGUUGAUCCAUAUGUUGAGUAAGUGUCUCUUAGUACUUAGAAUAGUAUUCAUUCAUACUUAUUUUAUUUGGAAGUUUUGAUGUAAUUUGAGGUUUGUUUUUUCAUAUGCAAGUGCUCAUUUACAACAUCUACAAGACUCAAAUGGUAGAUGUAAACGGGACGCAACUUAUUUAUGGCGUAUGCACACUGAAAAAUUCGCAGCGUGGCUAAAGCAACAGGCAUGUUUAACUGUUUAUGUUUUUAGUUGAUUUUAUAACCGUACAGUGUAGCUGACAUUUUUUAAAUAAUUGCUAGAUACCGAUUGAUUCAGUACAUGAGGAAGAGACACUGAAGUGGCUGGCUUAUGGACCUCGUAGUAUAGCCAGAUCUUACACAGGCUACAUUGUGAAUGGCCUACGGUUUCAUACAAAUUUGGUGCAUAGGCUAAGUCAGAAUAGUGGGGUUUACUACGAGGCAACAGCAAUGUGUAGGUCUAGUGCAAGGGACACAUCGCAGGUGGUAGACGUUGUAUCCUACUAUGGGAGAGUAGUUGAUAUUAUAUUACUAGAUUACAAUGCCUUCUACGUCCCAAUAUUUAGGUGUCAGUGGGCAGUCAAAGGUAACGGUGUGAAGGUAGAGGAUGGCUUUACGCUGGUUAAUUUUAAUCACAGCCACAUAUCCUUUGCAAAGGAUCCAUUCAUUUUAGCAUCUCAAGCGACACAGAUAUUUUACUCAAGGAAAAAUGAUGAAUCGAGUUGGUAUGUAGUUAUGAAGGGUCCAAGUAGAAGAUACAGUGAUGAGAAAGUGGAAGACCUACAUGCAGAUGUCGGUCCAUUGCCUUCGGAUAUGGAUAUGAGUCUAGAAGACAUAUCAGAUGAGGCUGAGAAUGUCAGAGAUGAUUGUGAAGGAAUAUAUGUUUGAUUUCGUUGAUUAACUAUUCUUGAUUUGCAUGACAUUCUUUGGUUGAUUUUCUGUUAUGGAAUAUAUGUUUGAUUUCGUUGAUUAACUAUUUAGGAUUCAUGUCUGACUUUGAGUUAAUAUUUGAGUUUUCCUCGAGGUUUAUUGUAGGAUUGCCAUGGGUAAAGGGAGAAAGCAAUCAAAGAAAAGGAAGACCAUUGUACAAGAUGAUGAGCCUGUAUUCAUUGCCACCAUAUACCCUGGGGAGACGCAGCAUGAGAAGCCUAUUGAGGAAUCACAGCCUGAAGACACACAGAACCCAACACAGCCACAACUUGAUGAAUCAGAACAUGAUAAGGAUGGUGGAGAAGAACCCAACAAAGAUUCCGAAGGUGCAAAUGAUGGUGGAGAAGAGCCCAACAAAGAUUCUGAAGGUGCUAAUGAUUGGUGUGGCAAGGAAUCCAAAGUAGCAGAGGGUCGUUUUCUGUCUUCUGAUGUUAUGGAGUUUGUUAACAAUGUACCAUUGGGUCCUAAUUCAUCUAAGGUGGUAGUUGAGACGGCUUUUGAAGAAGAUGCAUUUCUUUGGAGACCGGCGCCGAAGAUGUACACUAUUGGUCAGGCUGUAGGAGAAACUGUUGCGUGGCCUCAAGAUUCAGUUCUUGUUCUUGACGAGGAGUUCUCUCCAGAUGACAUUCCAAGUAAUAGCCCAGAGACAAAGGAAAUGAACAAGUGCAAACUUCUACAUUGGCUAACAGAUGAUGAAGAAGCUGUUGCUGAAGGUCGUUGGGAGAGUCGUGAUCCCAAAGCCUUGGUGGAUGGCCUUCCUCUUGGACCAAAUGCUGUUAAAGUAUUUGUGGAUGCGGUAACGGUAAGAGAGACAUUUCUUUGGCGGCCAACAGAAAAACACUCAAACUUUCGUGACUGUUUGAAGACGUUUAUAGCAUGGCCAGUGAGCAGAGUUUUAUUCGACAAUUUAGACACAGAGUCACCAAAUACAGCAACUCCUCAUACGCACUCACAAGUACUCACUCCACCAGCUCCUGCUAAGAUUUCAAAACCAUAUUCACAAUCUCCUUCAAGCUCCCAGAAGAAGGUGAAGGAGGGUCAGAAGUGCAAACUGUUGGACAUUACCGGUCAGAAAGUAGUUGUUGCAGAAGGGCGCUGGUCUUCGAACAACCCUGAGCAGUUAGUGCAUUUUGUUCCGUUGGGCAAUAAUGCAGUUCGUGUGUGGGUUGAUGUAGUCAAGGUGAAUGAUGCCAAGGUUUGGAGGCCUACGUCUGCAAUUGAGUGUAUGGAGGAUGCUAUUGGUACCACUAUAGCAUGGCCUGAAGACAAAGUUGUCAUCGUUUGAGGUGGAUUUAGAUCACUGUAUGGUAAUCUACUUUCAUUGCUUUAGAAUUACUAAUAAACAUAUGGUACUUGUUGCAAAUGAGAAUUGUCUUAUACUUUCAUUGCUUUGGAACUUAAUUAUGACACUGUAUUUCUAUUAUGGAUAAAUGAAAAUUUCAGACUUGGUUUAUUUUUUUAUGAGAAUAUGAUGUAUUUAUAGUGAACGAUUUAUUGUACUUGUGAUAAGCUAUU